AUGAAUCCCGGGAUACGCGAACCUGCUCCGGUAGUUCUCCAUAAGAGCUCUGCUAUCGGGGAAAAUGAAAAAAAUGAGGAAAGACGACUCGGUGAUUUCGAUUAUUCGAUACGGUAUAUACGAUUGCUUCUACGUAUCCUCGGUAUUUGGCACCUCGUCGCUACGAAACCGGCGAUGAAACUCGAACAGCAUUUGUCGAAAAUAAUAUUAGCAUCUGGCUCGUUAUCGAUGAUAACGCUAAUGGUACCCCUUUGUUGCCACAUUAUUUUCCGAUCGGUCGAUCGUUUUGAAAUCAUCAUAUUGCUAGGACCGAUCACUUAUCAAGCUGCCAAUAUUAUAAUGCACUAUGUACUGUUGUUCCGGUCGCAUACCCUCGGUCUUUGUAUCCGACACAUGGAGGACGAUUGGAGAGAAAUCAAAGAUUCGAACGAAGACGAUAUUAUGAAGAAACACGUACAUUUUUCGCACCUUUUAUCAAUCGCUUGUAUCUCCUUCAUGUAUACGAGCGCUAUCGCUUAUUUCUUGGUAAUGCCAUUCUCCUCGGAACGUUCCCUCAAUAACGAGAAGAACGAAACUGUUAGACCACGAGCAUUCCCCGGUUCAGAUUUUUUUUUCGACGCUCAAGCAAACGUCCUUUACGAAUUAGCAUUUACGAUGGAUUUUAUAUCGGCCCUCUUUCAUUAUACCGUUAGCACCUCGGUAUGCAAUCUCGCUGUUGUACUCGUCAGUCACGCUUGUGGCCAAAUACAAAUCGUCAAAUGGAAUCUCGAGAAUUUCAUCCAUCGAGUUAUCGAAAAACACAACGAUACGACCGAUACGAUCGUUACGGAGUGGAUAGGAAUCAUCGUGAAAAAGCAUGUCCGAUUGAUCGAAUUUGCCGCAACUAUCGAGGAAGCUCUGAGAGAAAUAUUUCUUGUGGAAGUGGUCGCUUCGACGUUGAUCAUAUGCUUCGUCGAAUAUGAUAUAAUUAUCGUAUCGGAUCAAAGUAAGAGCGAUUUUUUGGGUACACUGACGUAUGUAUCGUUGCUUAUCGCAUUUGCUUUUAACUUGUUUUUGUUUUGUCGAUUCGGCGAGGUCUUGAGAGAACAGAGCGAAGAAAUCGGCAAAGUGGCCUAUAUGGUCGACUGGUAUCGAUUACCAGGAAAGACCAAACUCGCUUUUAUAAUGAUCAUAAACAUGGCUCAUACGCCCUGCGAACUUACCGCAGGAGGAAUGAUGGAACUAUCAAUUGCCAACUUUGCCAAGAUUAUGAAAACAUCAUUCGCAUAUUUGAAUAUGCUGAGAAAAACGGGCUGA